GUUUUGUAGGCUAGUUAUUAUAAAAUGUGUCGUCAAUCUGGAGUGCAGUCGUGAUAAUGGACAGAUAACCGAAUGCAAGCGGAGACUACGGGAUUUCGACAGUAAAUGCUUUUUACUGGCCUUUUGAUAAUGUUUUGUUCCGGUACAAUAGCCUACCAAGAAGCGAAGAGAUGCAAAGAAAAUAAUAUGGGUUUUGGAUACAAACGCAACCACGGCAAUUCCAACGGCAACCGAAAUUAUAUAAAUAUUGGACAUGUUCGUUGUUUCAAGUCCAAUUUAAUUUCAAUCUGACACCAUUAGAUCGAACAUUCUAAUGGAGGGACAAGUCGAGACGUUGAGCUUCGCGCGUACGGCUCAGCCUCUGUAGUUCCAAAUGCACGACCGUUUUUUUAGAUGUGAUAGGCUACUUUUUUAUGGCUCCAGUUGGAGACGGAGCGAUUACUAGCGAGCUUUGACAGACAUGUGCAGUCGGGAGAAGCAAUAAUACCCCGCAUCACACGGGAGCCAGCGCCAGCGGUCUGUCAUUCUGCAAUAAGGCGCUGAUAAAAGCAAUAAAUUGUUCUGUAAAUAAGGGACCCAGUGCGCAAUGGGCGACAAGGCGUCAAACUUCAGGAGAAGCACCCGCGAGUGGCUCUCAUCAACUACCGGGAGGAUAUUUUAACGAUUAACGAGUCUCUAAGCAAAGAAGAAAAGCGUUUUUCAAUUAGAUGGGAUAUUAACUUUUGAUUGGAAUUUAAUUGGAUAGCCAGUAGAUAAAUACAUACACCGGGUAUAGUAUACCGGCUGAAAUUUGUCAUAGUCUCUACCCCACAGUACCACUGUGGAGGUUUGAAUUAUAAUAUUUAGAAUAAAAAUAAAAAUAUUGGACUGCACUGAACAAGACUUGGUCACUUUUUAAACCCAAUUAUACCACUGAUUAAAGGCUACGAAUAAGUGCCAUGGACGAUAUCCGUUUAAUAGUCAAUGAGCCAUAGUAGUAUUUGUGAAUAAGUUAUAUCUAAAAGGAAUAUUUCUGUUUACACUAUGAUGGAAGUACCAUCACCAUGCUCGAAGAAGAGCCUUUCGCUCUCGCUCCCUGUUCCCCGAGAACAGGCGACCCUCAAACCUCCGCAACAUCUUUGGAGGCAGCCACGGACUCCCAUCAAAAUCAAACACCGGGGAUAUUCCGACACCGACCGGCAUCACCAUCGAGGGAUAGAGCGCUCUAAUGCCAUGGACACAAGCGACAGACCGGGGCUCAGGAAGUCUCGGAUGUCCUGGCCAUCCUCGUUCCAUGGAACCUCGAACACAUCCAUCGGCAAUUGUAUUGGAAAUAAACGUUUCGACUCGGAGAAUGGUCCGUCCCCCUGCCGCAGCCCCAUGGAUUCGCAGGCGAGUCCCGGCCUGGUGCUGCACCCAUCCUUACAAACAGAUGGGUGCAGGAGUCGUGGGGAGCGCCGCGAGUCAUUCCUCUAUCGCUCCGAUUCCGACUACGACAUGUCCCCCAAGACCAUGUCGCGCAACUCCUCCAUUAACAGUGAGGGGCAUGCAGAAGAUCUCAUAGUCACCCCUUUUGCUCAGGUGUUGGCCAGUCUACGAACUGUAAGAAGCAACUUCACCAUCCUCGCCAAUGUCACGACACCCACUAACAAGAGGUCACCAGUGACAAGCCAACCCACUGUUCCCCAGGCAACACUUUCUGAUGAGACAUACCAGCAGAUGGCCAGGGAGACUCUGGAUGAGUUAGACUGGUGUCUAGACCAGCUGGAGACCAUCCAGACUUAUCGCAGCGUUGGUGACAUGGCCUCCAACAAGUUUAAAAGGAUGUUGAACCGGGAGCUUUCUCACCUUUCAGAGAUGAGUCGCUCAGGGAACCAGGUGUCUGAAUACAUCUCGACUACCUUCCUGGAUAAGCAAAACGAGGUGGAGAUCCCAUCGCCGACCCUCCGUGAGCGAGAACGGGACAAGCCCAUGUGUCAUAUCAGUGGAGUAAAGAAGCUGACACACAGCUCCAGCCUGUCCAUCAACACCACCAUGCCACGCUUCGGAGUGAAGACUGAACAGGAGGAUGCGUUGGCCAAGGAGCUGGAUGACUUGAAUAAGUGGGGCCUUAAUAUCUUUCGUCUGGCUGAGUUCUCUAAUAAUAGGCCUCUCAGCUGCAUCAUGUUUGCCAUCUUUCAGGAGAGGGAUCUGUUGAAGACAUUUAGGAUCCCAGUCGACACGUUUGUGACCUACGUGAUGACUUUGGAGGACCACUACCAUGCCAAUGUGGCCUAUCACAACAGCCUCCACGCCGCUGAUGUCACACAGUCAACCCAUGUCCUGCUGUCUACACCGGCCCUGGACGCUGUGUUCACUGACCUGGAGAUCCUGGCUGCAUUGUUUGCUGCUGCCAUCCAUGAUGUGGAUCACCCUGGCGUAUCCAACCAGUUCCUCAUCAACACUAACUCGGAGCUGGCUCUGAUGUACAACGAUGAGUCAGUCCUGGAGAACCACCACCUGGCCGUGGGCUUCAAGCUGCUGCACGAGGAAAACUGUGACAUCUUCCAGAACCUCAGCAAGAGGCAGAGACAGAGCCUGCGGAAACUUGUCAUCGACAUGGUGUUGGCGACGGAUAUGUCCAAGCACAUGGGUUUGCUGGCUGAUCUGAAGACCAUGGUGGAGACCAAGAAGGUGACCAGCUCAGGAGUGCUCCUGCUUGACCAUUACACCGACCGUAUUCAGGUGCUGAGGAACAUGGUGCACUGCGCAGACCUGAGUAACCCCACCAAGCCUCUGGCCGUGUACCGAGAGUGGACUGAACGCAUCAUGGAGGAGUUCUUCAGACAGGGGGACAAGGAGAGGGAGCGAGGCAUGGAGAUCAGCCCCAUGUGUGACAAACACACCGCUUCCGUGGAGAAGAGUCAGGUGGGCUUCAUUGACUACAUUGUGCACCCGCUUUGGGAGACAUGGGGGGACCUGGUGCACCCUGAUGCCCAGGACAUCCUGGACACUCUGGAGGACAACCGGGACUGGUACCAGAGCACCAUUCCUCAGAGUCCCAUUUCUCCACCCCCUCUGCCCCUUGGCCCAGACAAAGGGCUCAACUCCCGCAUUGACAAGUUCCAGUUCAAGCUCACAUUGGAUGAUAACACAGAGGGAGGAAACGAGGAUGACGACGAAGAAGAAGAUGAGGAGGAGGAGGAGAAAACCACAUCCAAUCACAUUGUGCAGGGCAACAGUCAAGGGGAGGAAGACAAGAAGGAGGAAAAAGAGGUGGGGAUGAUGCAGGAAAGGGGAGGACACAUCAUAAAGGAAGGGGAUUUGGUGAUGGAGGUGGAGCUGGAGAACCAGAAAAGGAUGGUUCUUUUGCAAGCUCAGUCCAGGGUAGAGAGUCACUCUGACACAAGCCCCGUGGAGGAAGAGGAUGAGGAGGAGGAAGACUCGUCCUCGCCAGCUGAUGACACAUGAGCUCCACUCUUCUCUCUCAGGCCACACCCGACAUGCACAGACCCUGCCCAUUCCCUUGUCCAUCCGUAUUCUCCAAUGCCCAAACCCAAAACAAAUAAGACUACAUCAACAAUAGACAUUUAAAUCUAUUUUUCAAAAAGGGAACAAAAAUAAUAUUGCUUAAUGAAAAGCUAUUCACACAGCAACUGUAGAUUUGAAGAGGGAGCUGGAGGUGUUUGGACUGAUGCUACUAGGAACUGCUGCCAGGACAGAGGAACAUAGAGAACGCUUAAUAAUUAAUGGGCCAUGGAAGGCAGUGUAGCACUCAAACUGAAACACACAUACAUACACACACACAUACAUACACACACACACACACAUACACACACACACUCACCCAAACUCAAGUAAAUGCAUUCAUGCACAGGCAAAACACCACACUUUGAUUAACAAAGCAACUCAAGACUACUCAAACAAAUGUGUGUGUAUGUUUGUGUUUGUUUAGGGGACUCUGAUUGGUGACAAAUCUCUUUGGAAAAAGCCAUCUCUAUAUGGAGUAUUACCUAGCGUCAGUCAGUAUUAAUAGUUCAUGUUUGUUAGGAUUCAACAAGAACUAUGUUCUCUUCAGAAAAGCAACACUUCUGGGUGACUUAUUUUCCAUUUUUGUCGGAAAGAAAACUACAGACAUCUAUCUAUAGAGGAGAAGUGGAGCAAGAAAAGGAGAAAGUUUGAUAUUUCAUAAAGAAAGGAAGAGCGAUGCUGUGAUGAGGGGACCUAAGGGGCCCGUCCGCCUUUUUCCCUUUAUGAAGGAAUGCUACCGAUGCAAGAUGGCUGUGUGCCUUCCUGAUACACCAGCUCCUGAAACAUGGAGGUGACAUGAAGCAAUGCAUCGUGGGACAGGAGUGUCUGCUUUUGUCUUCAUUUUUGAUUGUCUCUUGUUCAAAGAUCUAUCGUAACUGUUUAUGAUUUACUGUUAGUGUGGGUGUGUUUGUGCGCGCGUGCGUGUGUCUGUGUUUAUGAACGAGAGUGAGUCAAACACUCAGUCCAUUUCUGUUGUGACAUGUUUUCAGCUGUAAGUCUUCCUUUGUUUCUCUUCAAGGUGAUGAGACAUUUCAGAACUCUUAGAUAAGAAGCAGUCACUAUCACUACACUAUCACUACACUAUCACUACACUAUCACUACAGCUGCUUGUGGACACUUUCCUUCUGACACUUUUAACAUAUGAACAUAAUUUUAAUUUUUUUUUUUAUUUCUAAGGAUAAGCCAUGUAAUGCUUUACAGCAUAUGUUCUGCCUAUUUUCUAUUUAUUAUGGUUUUUGCUAAAUAUGUUUGAUGGAUUUGGUUCAUGUCAUCAGCAGCAUAUAUAACCCAUUCUAUCUUUCAGCCACACACUGUGUGUUAAUUCACCUGUCUUUCUCACCUACUACUUCAGUUAUGGGACAUUCCAUUAUAAUGGAGUAACACUGACACUCAGAUUUUUCACUUAAAAUUGUCAAACAAAAAACUGUUUCAACCUACCCAUUCAAGUCUUUGCACAUAUGCUAUUUUUAACAGUUGAACAUUCGAAUGGAUAUUUUACAAAAAUAUGUAUUUAUACAACAGUACUGAUACAAAAUGGGGUAUCCAAAUGACAGCAUAACAGCAAUAACUGUCAUUCUGUAAAAAAUACAAUAUUUUCUUUGUGUAAAUGUGUUUUUGUAAAGUGUUCAGUCGAUAUUGUUAAAAUUAGUCAUUGUGCAUAAAGUUGUUAGUUUGUUUAAUUUUCCAAUCAUUGUCUUCAGUUUGAAAAACUUUAAAUGUGAAAAAUGGAGCCUCAUGUCACUUUUUUACCAUAGAAUUGCCCGUGUCGCCAAAGCAAGAAAUUAGAAACUGAUAAGGGAAAAGGUGCUUUGACAAGAAAGAUAGAGAGAAUUGUGUCUGGGUGAUUUCAGGUUUGGAUGGAAUGGAAAACAAUGAGCUUGGCCAUAAAGGAAUAUUUUCAGGCAGUCAUGCACAACCAUUCCUGUUAUGUUUAAAGCUUUUUUGCCUUAAUGUCAAAUGCAGGAUACAUACCUGUUGCUAUGUAGAUUUAUAUGAUGUAUUCUAAAUACCCUAGUAUAUUUAUACCAUGUCUGUAUGCUUCUAUGUGAGUGUCUGUGUUUCUAUACACAAUGUACCCAGCAUCUGCAUAUGAAAGGGAACCAUGGCAUGGCCAAUAUUGAGAAUGUGUUCUGUUAUUUACGAGGGCACAGUAAAUGGUGACAUUUUGCUCCACUUUAGGGAAUGCAGGUCAAUCAAGCGAUAAACAUAUACUGUAGAUGUUGCUGACCAGAUGUAUAGAGUAAGUAUAUUUUCUCACAAUAAUUUUUCUGGUUGAAAAUAAGGUCUUUUUGGGCUGGUUGAGGAAAUGACUGAAAUUAUGUUAAAUGCAAGUGAGACAGAAAACAGAGAGACAGAAACAGAUAGGGAGAAAUGGAACACUUCUCAUCAUAAUGCUGUGUGUCAUUACUCACUCAAUAGCUUCACCAUCCUGGCUGAGGUCGGGGUCAUGAGAUUGAUCUCUUUGACUAGGAAAUGUUCAUAGGGUUAGGACAACUGAGCAUAGCUUGUUUCUGCUGGUCGGUAACAAAGCUUGUCUGAAGAGCAGUCUGACGGAACAGCCUUGGUAUCCGUUCUGUCAAGCGCAGGCCUUUAAUGAGUGAAAUGGAAAUCCAAUGUUACUGUCUCAGUGCUUGGAAUAGGAGAUUUCACAUGAUGCUUUCUCCCUGUCUUACCUUGAGGAUAUGUGGGUUUGUUUUUGUGGCUUUCUGUUUUGUCACGAGCUAUAAAAACAAGUAAUUGCUAUUUUAACACAACACUGUAGCAAUCAUUUCUUAUUAAGAGAUUAAUCAAUUUAUCAAUUGCUGCCAUUAUUUUUAAAUAAUAAUUUAAGAAAAGGCCAUGGGAAAUACCACAAGCGUUUUCUUUGAACAGUUAGUGUACAGUUUUUAUUUUUGUAUCAUUCAGGUGGAUGGUUUAGAAAUGGAACGGUAAUGACAUUAAAAAUAGAACUACUAGCGUUGUGAAAGCUUGUUUUGCAUAUCUUUUAAUGUUGGAUUGUAAAUUAUACAGUUAUUCAGGUCAUUAUCAUUGAUCAAUUUACCAUGUUUAGUAUUAUAAAAUAACUCAGUGACUAAAGCACUACAGACCACACCAUUCUUUUCCUUCUCUUUCAUAAUCUCUCCUUUGUUCUUUGUUACCCCCCGUGUGAUUUCAAAUUGUAUUCAGCGGAUUAGAUUCAUUAGAUGGAUUGGAUGAAUCAGGAUUAGAUUAAUCAUCAGAAUAAUAAAAAUAUUUUGUGACAGCACUUUAUUGUAGGGAGGUUGUAGGAUAGACAAUGUGGUUGAAGUAGUGUGUAGGUAUGUGUUUGUUGGACGAUUUGGUAGUUCGCCGACACUCAUGGCUGCCAUUGUACCUGGUUUCAAGGCUUUGUUUUUCUACUUCUAUUGUGCAAUUCCAUGUUAGGUCAUUCCAUGUCGCCCAGGUCAUAAACUAUUCAUAAUCAAUAUGCCAUGUAGGAGUGGUUAUAAGUGACAGAUGUGUGCUGAUCCAGUGCUGUCGUGUUCAUGAGCUAGUCAGAACUAGGAGAAAAUUCACUGCAAAAUCCCAAAUCAACCCCUACUCCUACAUUUGCACAAGUGUCCCAAAAUUGAGGGAGCAAAGACGAUAAAAGGUGUAGGGGCUAAUUAGAUCCACCAAUGGUCUCAUGUUUUUGCAGAUUCACGCCAAAUAAUGGAUUGGUGUGCCUUAUGAUAUGAUUUUCAUUUGUUUACAUCUGAUUUCAAGACUUAGCAUGUUCUUAGCUGAUUUCGAGACUCCUAAAUUACAUGUUCAAUUGUUGAUGUUUAUUUCUUCUGAAAUGAUAGGAGGGAUUUGUAAAUUAGAAUUUGAUGCUUGUUUUAUUAAUAAAAAGUCUAUCAUUAAUUGCAACAUUCAAGUCACAAGUGUGUCCCAAAGUUGCUGCUUUUAUUUAACCCCCUAGCUACUCUGUGGAACUCACCCUCUGAGUUUUGUCAGCAGCACAUGACCAUGGAGGGCACUCUGAGCAAGUGCCCUCCAUUUACAGAACAACUUGUUUCUUUGUAGUCAAUCAUGAGCUGCAUUCAACAAAUUAGCAAGUUGCCCAGUUCCCACCAGUAUGUAAAUGCAGGAAGUCGGUCUUAAUGGCGCGUCAACAUGCAAAUCAGAAUAUGAAACUCACACCUAGCAAGUCGAAAAUGACUGGCUUUGCAUGUGACAGAGUUAGCAGACUAGCAUGUGACCACAAUGUGCAAGUGGUAAAAAACAAGGGUUUUGAAAGGCACUUUUCUUAGUAAUUUCAUAAUGAUUUUCACCACCCCUUCUUGAUCACUUUAGUCAUAUUAGACUCAUCUGAAAAAAAAAAAUGCAGGCUUUAAUUCAUGUGUUACUUGUUUCACAAGUUAGGAAAAUUAUAUAAACAGAAAAAAAACACCAUGAAAUGAUUGUAAUAUUUGUAAAUUAUAUUGCUGUAAUGUGUCAAAUGUG